AUGGACGUCCAAGUCAAAGUUGAAGACGACGAUCUCUUCGCAGCUACCUUCAGCCCGGCGAAGUCCCCGCAGCCAGCCAGCAGGAAUCAGAGCCCCGCCCCUCUCACUAACUCCAAGCCCAAGCAGCCCCAGAAUCAGGCGGAAACAGACCCGAGCCUUCUCCAGAUCCUAGAAAUAAACCUGGAGAUGAUCAAGGUCGCCACAAACAUUAAAGACCUCGCAGCCAAAAUUUCCACCGCGGACGAAGACAACGACAGAUGGGAAUCACAGGAGGGAAACGCAAAGUACAUCCGAUACCUCUUCUACAUCGAACGUUAG